CGGCGCACGUCAUCUUUAUUUCAAAAAAUCGUGAAUGUGGUCUUUUGUAAAACUAAUAACGUAGAAUUUACUAUGGUGUAUUCUAUAGUGUAUUUGAUGAGAAAGAGAGAACUAUACUUGGAUCCGCCAAGCCGUAUUUUCUCCUUAAUCAAUUUCUCAUUAAUCUUGAACGAAUGUAGCCAGAGAUAUUUUUAAGCUCGGUUUGUAUUUUAUCCAUUAACACUAUUGAUCUACACGUUUAAACUAACUGCAUCUGGCUUAAUGUUUUAUAUACGUAACAGACACCCUUAUAUUGUCUCGAGACACGUACACGUGCAGAGAUCGAGCAGUGUAGAACGCAUUCCCACUGGCUUUUUCCCUCCUCCAUACCUGUCAUAACGUGUUGUCAACUACAGCAUCAUUAAGUGAUUCACGGUCUUGUAAUUGCUGCACAGUUUGUGAAGAAUCAGGAAGCAUUCCUUGUUUUAACGGAAGUCUGACUCUUUGGCCAUGGCUGAGGAUCUACCAGGCGCGCUUUCGGGGCCUUCUAAACGCCCGGGAUGUACUGUUGUGGUCGCUAUGGAUGGUAGUUUACACUCCCAACAUGCCUUUGAAUGGUAUGUAGAAAACAUGUAUAAGAAGGGCGACAAGGUUGUAUUAGUUCACUGUCCAGAAUACAAGACACUCAUCAAUUCACCAUACUUGACCACGGAUCCUUCUAAGGCCUCGGAGUUGGCGAAUGAAGAGGAGAGAAAAAUCAAAGAAAUGUUUGCUGACUGGAAAGAUCAAAUUAAAAAAGCAGGGAUCGAUGGAUGUGUAGUUAGAACAUCCGGGGAACCUGGACGAGCUAUCAUCAAAAUAGCGCGUGGAGAGGGCGCUGAUUUUAUCGUAAUGGGAUCACGUGGUCUGGGUACUCUACGCAAGACAUUCAUGGGGAGUGUUAGUGAUUAUAUCGUGCACCAUGCGCAUAUACCAGUGACUGUGGUCCGAAAUCGUGAUGAUGACAAUCAGUGAUAACAAUUUAACUUUUCAGCAAAUUAUGUUCGAGUUAUAUUUAUUUUCGAUAUUCUUUCUAUCAUUAAAUUUUGUACAUAACA